GUACUGGCAGCUUGGAUGAUGUGAUGAUUACUAUAGCUGCACCCGCUUGGACAAGUAAUGUCACGCCAAACGUAAUAGUCCCAAGGUUGCACGGCAAGGCAAAUACGCCAAUAACCGUGCAGUGCACCCUGAUUGCUCGGCCUUCGAUUCCACCUUCCGAACUUUGCGCCAAGGUAUCUGCGAUCUUUAUUAAGAACGAUAUCCCACGCUGCUCAUCAAUGGAGUUUCGACUUCCUAUGUCUCUCGCAUGUAGACUGAUCCUACCUCCGAAACGCGAGGCCACGUAUAAGCUAACAAUUCAAACUGAUAGAGAGCCAGUCUUAUUGAGCUCCGUCUUUAGUGACAUGUUCCUAUGUGAGAGCGGCACUGAGAGUACAGAUCUUGUGUCGUCUAACGCCGUUUCUUUUGCUUAUUUGUUCCACGUGCAAGAAGAAUUGGACGUUACUGAGAGUGAAUGCAGCACAACCGACCCUCGGGUUCCAAACAAGGCCAUAGCCACGAUUUUACUAUCGAGGAAUUCGGGUCGCUACCGUGUACAGUCCACCUCCAUGUCAGCCCUGUGGCUUGUUUUGGACGAGCUUGCUGCUCGUCUAAAAUCGCGGUGGGCUCACAGUGGUGGAAUAAAGAUGGCUUACACUGAACAACUUCCUCUGUCGGACUUCUAUGCCACUUUGGACAGACACCAUAAUUCGCGUAGCGCUGUCCGUCGCGCUGAAGCAAUGCUAAAUGACUCCGCCCAGCAAUAUAGAAUUAUCCAGAAGAGACUUCUAAUUCGCUUCAAAGACAGUCGCCCGGCAAAUCUCGAUAAAUUAGAUUUAAUAUUAUGGCAAACACACUCGAAUCUCCUUUAUUUGGCUUCGUGUGUAGAGGUUGCUCAUGAUGCUCGUGAUCAUGCAGGGCACAUUCUGGCAUGUGGAACGCAGUUGCUGCUCUUGUUAAUGCGAAUGCGUUUCACUCUAUCCCUGGCAGAUUUUGAUGUUCUUCGCAGCCAUUUGAGUCCGGCGGUGAUGGAAUGUAACCACGGAUCAGUAGACGAUUCGUUAUCGGGCUGGGAAGAGACUACAGAUGCUUCCCUGACAUAUCUCCUUAAAACUUCCCUGUUGAAGUCCUACCCUGUGUGUGGUCGGCGCAAUGACCAUGAGCCAGAGCCUAUUCCAAAGACAAACAUACCUCCAGUGCCACUGGCGUUUCCUGUGACGACAGAUAGACUAAAGAGGCAUGUUGCCAUGGUCUGUGACCGACUUGCGCAUGGUCUAACUUUCACGAGCAAUCGUGGGGCGCCCCAGGGACGCGCCUCAGCAUCAGUCAGGUAGUAGAUCGUGCCACUAUUUCCAGUCAUCAAGCCAAGCACCAGGCUGUAGCUUCCCCCGCGCUGCAAAAGCGCGAAGGGAGCAAGGGUGCAAAACCCAAGCCCCCACCCCUGACCGACAAGCGCUCAUUCUCGAGUAUAAAGCGCCACUACCGGG